AUGUAUGUCAGUACUGAUGUUGUUAAUCCUAAUACUAAUAGCAACAAUUUAGAGUCGAUUAUUUUUGAAAUUAAUUACAAUACAAAUUUGCAUUCAUCAUGUAUUGUAGCUAAUAUUACAUGCUACAGUCAACUUCGAGACGAAGAAGAAUUUUUAUUUGAUCUUGGAACAGUUUUUGAAAUAGAAAAAUUUUUCUAUAAUGAUGACAAGAAAUGUUGGAUGUGCAAAAUGAUUCCUUCGGGAAAAGCUGUAGAAAUAGCUAAAAAAUAUGUUAAUUUCCAAAGAAAUGAAAUGAACGAUGGUAAACUAGAUGUUUUAGUUUUAUUUGGUAAUCUACUGUAUGAUGUAAGAGAAUAUAGUAAAUGCCAUUACUAUUUUGAAAAUUUAUUAACUAUUCAAUCUGAUAAAAAUGCUCCUACUAUCAUUGACAUCUAUCGAGGAUUAGGACGAGUAUUUCUUGGUAUAAGUGAGUUUGAAUUAUCAAAAAAGUAUUUACAGCAUGCUUAUGAUUUAUGUAUCAAAAUUGAAUCAUCUUCUCCUAGCAAACUUGGGAGAAUAUUGAGCUAUAUAGGUUAUACAUAUGAUUUUCAAGAUGAAGACUAUUUGGAUUUAUUAAAUUUUGAUUUGGUAUUAAAUUAUUUUACGCAAGCACUUGAUAUAUAUAAGAAAACAUUUGAUGAUUUACAACAUCGUGAUGUAGCAAAGUGUUUAAAUCUUAUUGGUGAAGUUUAUUAUGGUAAAAACAAUCAUGAUGAUGAUAGUACAUGUCACAACUAUUACAGUCAAGCAUUAAACAUAUGAAAAAGUGUUUUAACUUGUAAUCAUCCAGAUUUGCCAUUAUGUUAUAAAAAUAUAACUCUAUUUUAUCUAAACAGAAAAUUAGACUAUAUUGAAGCAGAAAAAAUACUUCAAAAUAUUAUAUCAUAUAUAUGACAGAUAUUACCCAAAGAUCAUGCACACUUGAUUGAAAUACAUUAUAUACGGAAAAUGAUUUCAAAAUCUAGACAACAUUCACUGCUGUUUAUGACGAUCAAUACUGUGAAACUAAUUUUAUUCUUUUUUGUUAUCUUCAGUCGGCUUUUGGUUCUAGCAGCGUUUUAUGAAACACGAUUGUAAACGAGCGUUGAAGAAUAAAGUGAAAAAACUGAGCUAUUACAUAUAUCUCGCAUUGAGUAUGGGCCUGAGUCUUAUCUUCAAGGGGGAAAAAGCGGAUCCUGGAUCCUCGGAUCCUGGUGGAUCCUGUGAAUCCUACUGGAUCCUACUGGAUCCUCGUGGAUCCUAUUGGAUCCUGGCGGAUCCUGG